UGUAUUGUAUUGUGUCAAGAUGGCGACGUCUUGGAAGUUGGUUGCGUUGGCACUUGGACUAUGCAUUAUGCAUCGGAGUUUGGUGUCUGCAAACACUUAUAAAGAAGGAGACAAGGUGCUUGUCUAUGUAAACAAAGUGGGCCCCUACUUCAAUCCACAUGAGACAUAUCAUUACUACCAGUUGCCAGUGUGCAGGCCGCAAAAGAUUGAACAUAAGAGUCUUACCCUUGGGGAGGUGCUGGAUGGCGACAGAAUGGCAGAGUCUUUGUAUGACAUUCAGUUCAGAGCUGAUCAGCCAACAAAGAAAGAGUUGUGCAAAGUGACGUACAGUGCCACAGAUCUGGAACUGCUGCGGAGUGCCAUAGAAGAUUUGUAUUAUUUCGAAUUUGUAAUCGACGACAUCCCGAUCCGCGGGUUCAUCGGUCACCUGGAAGAAGGCGGCUUUCUGCCUCACAGCCACAAGAUCUAUCUCUGGGCCCACCUGCACUUCAACAUUGAGUACAACGGGGAUCACAUCAUCUAUGCUAAUGUGACCACAAAAGAACAGCUGCCGAUAUCGCUGGACGGGGCUUCUACCCCUAUGGAGUUGGCCUUCACGUACAGUGUCAAAUGGGUGUCCACCGAUUUGAAAUAUGAGAACAGAGGCCUUCGGCUGAGGGAUAAUGCAUUUUUCCCCAAGAAUUUGGAGAUCCACUGGCUGUCAAUCAUCAACUCGCUGGUCCUCGUCUUCCUCCUCAUCGGCUUUGUCGUCAUCAUCAUGACUCGUGUGCUCAAGAGUGACUUUGCCCGCUACAACAUCGAAGACGAGGAGGAUGCGGAUGACCUAGAUUCAGAUGACAAUGGCUGGAAAAUUAUCCGCACUGAUGUCUUCAGAUAUCCGCCCAAUAAAAAUCUGUUCUGUGCAAUCCUAGGUGUGGGAAGUCAGUUCCUGGCACUGGCCACGGGCAUUUUGCUGAUGGCGAUGGCCGGCAUGUUCAACGUCCACCGUCACGGGGCUAUCAACGCCGCUGCUGUGGUUCUCUACGCCUUCACCUCCAGUAUCAGUGGCUAUGUGGCUGCCAACAUGUUCAAGAAAAUGGGCGGCGAUGGCUGGGUGUGGAACAUCAACCUCACGUCUGCUCUCUUUGCUGCUCCGUUCUUCAUGGUAUGGGCUGUGAUCAACUCAGUGGCGUGGGGCUACGGCACAACACGCGCUCUGCCCUGGACAACUGUGGUGCUGCUGAUGGCUCUAUGGGUCUUUGUGGGCUAUCCUUUGACCGUGCUGGGAGGGAUCUUCGGCAAGAACUAUGCCGGCAGUUUCGACGCCCCGUGCCGGACGAAAAAUAUUUCCCGAGAAAUCCCGAGUGUCCCCUGGUACAGAUCCGCUGUGGCUCACUGCGCCAUCGGAGGGUUCCUGCCGUUUAGCGCCAUCUCGGUGGAGCUGUAUUACAUCUUCGCCACGCUGUGGGGCCGCGAGCAGUACACGCUGUUUGGCAUCCUGUUUGUGGUCUACGGCAUCCUGCUCAGCGUCACCGCCUGCAUCUCCAUCGCCCUCACCUACUUCCAGCUGUCGGCCGAGGACUACCGCUGGUGGUGGCGCUCUAUAUUUAGUGCUGGGUCGACGGGCGUGUUUGUGUUCCUGUACGCGCUGUUCUACUACUACAAGCGCUCCAACAUGUCGGGCCUGCUGCAGACGCUGGAGUUCCUGGGCUACACGGCUCUCACCUGCUACGUCUUCUUCCUCAUGCUGGCCACCGUCUCCUUCUUCGCCUCGCUCAAGUUUGUGCGCUACAUCUACGUCAAUAUCAAGAUGGACUGAGAGGAGGGAGAGAGGAAAGGAGUGAACGGAUAGACGGAUGUAUCUACGCCAUCAACAUCAAGAUGGACUGAGUGGGGGAGAGAGGAAAGGAGGAGAGGAUAGAGGGAUGUAUCUAUGUCAAUAUCAAGAUGGACUGAGGGGGAAGAGGAAUGCAUUUGUGUCAAAAUGAUGACUGAGAGGGGGAGAGGAAAGGAGGAGUGAACGGAUAGACAGAUGCAUCUACUUCAAUAUCAAGAUGGACUGAGAGGGGGAGGGGGGGAAAGGAGGAGUGAGCGGAUAGACAGAUGCAUCUACGUCAAUAUCAAGAUGGACUGGGAGGGGGAGGGGGGGAAAGGAGGAGUGAGCGGAUAGAUGGAGAGAGGAGAGAAAGGAAAGGAGGAGCAGAUAGAUGUAUCUACGCCAUCAACAUCAAGAUGGACUGAGAGAAGGAGGGAGAGGAAAGGAAGAGCGGAUAGAGGGUUGUAUUUAUGUCAAUAUCACGAUGGACUGAGGGGGUAGAGAGGAAAGGGGGAACACAUAUACUGAUGCAGAGAAAAAGGGAAGGGUGGAUGGGUGGGAGCAAACACUGUGAGAGGAGGCAGAGAGAGAGAGGAAGGGAGAGAGAGAGAGAGAGA